AUGGUUGUAAUCGAUUGGCUACAAACAUGUCAAUUUAUAACAGAUAAUUCGGAACGUUUUGCAUUAUAUUUAUUAUGUGGAUGUUUUAUGGGUUUGACAAUUAUUUUAACAAUGGUUAUAGCCGUUUUAUAUUAUGGAAAAUAUACGAGGACUAAAACAACGAUAACGAAUCACAUUUUACCUAAUAAUUCGCCGAAUAGUGAUACGGUUGUGACACAAGAGGAAAGUGAAUAUGAAUUUACAACGGCAAAAGAUUAUUCAAAAUCUUAUAUUCCUGUCUAUCGAUAUAAUAGUCGUGCGCCUAUACAUAAUUCAUUUUCGGAUCCUGUUGAUCGACGUACGAUUUUAAAACAUUUCACAUCAAAUGGCGGAUAUUAUCCAGCAUCAUAA